AAUUAAACACGGAAAAAUAAAUAAAACUUAUUAAAAUGGAUGAUAACCCUGAACUAGCGUUAAAGAAAUUAUGUUGUACAUGUUUAAGUAGAGAUAGGAAAUUGUUUCAGCUAUGCAGAAUUCCUGAAGGAGUAAAUAAUUUAUAUUUACUGCUAUCUUAUGACUCUGAAGCUUAUAGGGAAGGUUUCUACAAAGACACAGCAAGUCUGCACGUGUGCUGGGAGUGUAGAGCUGUCAUGUGCAGGAUCAUGAGGUUCCGGCAGCAGGCGUGUGUCGCUCAAAGGCAGCUGACCAGCAUUGUGGAUGGGAGAAGUCAGAUUGAAACAACAUGCCUUUCCCGCCUAACCACCAACCACAAAACAACAUUUCAAAAAAUAAUUUCCAAAUCAAAUAACACACAACCAGACAAUUUCAUAGACUGUGGUCUCACAAUGGACAUUAAAAGCGAAAGCGAAGAGGACAUACCUCUAUCAGAGCUACACACCAACUGCGCAUCUGACAGCGAGACACAAGUAGUCAUUCAAACCAUAGACUAUAAAGAGGAACUGUCAAAAGACGCCACAGAUAAUGAAGAUGUAAUUUUUAAGUUGAAGAAGAAAAAGAAAUUGAAAAAUGGUAGAAAAAGGAAGUAUUUUUCUACUGUUUUGGUUGUGGAUAGUGAGUUAGAAGAUUUAAGGUUACAGAAUAGAAUGGCUGAUGAUUUUGUAAAUGCGGAAUUUAAAUGUGAUAGUUGUAUUGAGAUAUUUAGUAGUCAAAUUGGUUUGGAUGAACAUAAUUCUUCUUUACAUACAGAGAAACCAGACCACCUCCCAUGUGAUAUAUGCCUAGUCUACACUCCAAUAACGUUAUACGAAGACCAUAGAGAAUCGCAUUACCAUAAACACACAUGUCAGCUAUGUGUGUACACCAGCUUUAAUAUGAAUGAUAUGGCAACACAUUUGAAGACUGAACAUAGCAUAGAGAAUGUUGAAUUAACGAAUAAUAAAAGGAAAAAGGGUCGUCACAAAACAGAUUUAUCUAAAAAGGAGAGUAAAGGUAAACGGAACCCCACUAUGACAGACAAACGUACGCCCUACGGAUAUCUAUGUACGGAAUGCAAUAAGUACUUUGAUAACAAGAAUCAAAGAUGGAAGCACGUUCAGCGUCACCACAGAGAAGGAUAUAAAUGUGAAACCUGCGGAAAACGGUUCGCUUUCAAGAAUAACCUGACCAGGCACGAGUUGUUACACCGCGGUGGUCCACCUCGUCAACAAUGUGAAGUGUGUCACAAGCAAGUGCGAGUGGACUUGCUGAAAGUUCACGCACGCACACACACAGACAGACAGACGCACACAUGUGUGCAUUGUGCUAAGACUUUUGUGAGUCGAGCGUCUUAUGAGCAUCAUUUGAAGUAUACGAAAGCUCAUGCGUUGGUUGAUAUACUCAAGUAUAAAUGUACUCUAUGUGAUAAAGGAUAUCGUUCUCGCGGAGAGUUGAGAGAUCACGUCAAUUACCAGCACAUGGGUAAAACGCAACAUAAGUGUCCCGUCUGCGGGAAGGCAUUAGCGACCCGUCGUUGUAUAACGCGGCACGUGAGGCGAGCACACGAGGGCGUCAAGGAGAGCGCCAGAGACAAGAUAUGUCAACAGUGUGGGAAGGCUUUUAGGGACAAAAAAGGUCUCCGCGAACACGAACUAAUACACACGGGCCAGCGACCGCUCUCGUGCGAGAUAUGCGGCUGCACGUUCAGACAGAGCGCCUCGCUGUACACGCACAGGAAGCGCGUGCACAACGUGUACUCCGGGGCUAAGACUGUCACGCUGCAAGAGUGAACUGUACUGUUAGAGCCCUGCCU